AUGCCUACAUUCGAUCUCGUGUAUGAAAGAACACCGACACUAGAAGUUCGAGCUUCGAAAUCUUCCGACGACUCUAGUGAAACAUCCGAUUAUUGUAAAACACAUCCAAACUCCGAUCAGUGUGAAAAACCCGUUAGUGAUAAUAGUGUUACCAUUGCAUUAUCGAUUAUAUUACCUUGUCUUGCUAUAGUUGCUGUUCUUGGGUAUUUUCUUUAUAGAAAUUACCGUAAGGAUAAAAAGGAAAGUUUAGAACAUGAUCCAGAUUUUGAUGAAAAUGGAGAGGCUACCGCGUUACCGGAUUAUCCUCAAAUGAAAGGUUAUCAAGAAGAUCCAUUCCAUAAUAGAAAUUCUAUUAGAUACCCAAUGGACUACUCUAAUAACAAACCAUACGGUAACCAAUACGAAAGGACCUCAAGACAACAACAACAACAACAACAACAGCAGCAUCCACAGGACCCAUACUUGGAUAGUUUUGUUUUGCCAUAUCAACACCAGACGGGAUCGAAGCUUUCCUUAGAUGAUUAUGCACGAAAGCUUGGUGAUCUGCAAGGUUACCAAACCCCUUCCAAUGUGGGAUCUAGAUCAAGAUCAGGUUCUAUGCAUCUUGAUAGUAAUCUCAAAAAUACAGUAGCAAAUGGCCGUGGUCAUUCUAGAAAACCUUCUUCAGUUAAAAGUCCAAGUAAAAAGAAAGAUGGUAAACAAUAUACCAACAUUCCCAAUGAUUCUGAUCCUUCCAUGGUUGAGCCAAAUGCGACAAAUCUGGGACGUGGUGUUCAAGAGGAAACAUCAGAUGAAUCGGAGAAUUAUUCUUCACCAGAAGAGAAGUUUGUUGUGUCAUAUGAAAAUGAAUCUGUUCCUAAUGUGAAUAAUGAUGUUCCACAAAUAUUUGUUAGCGAGGAAAAUGAACAGUCAACUGAAAAUUCUCAUUCGCCAUUUGAUGAUCAACAAGACCAGGCCACCAAUACUACUGAAUCCACCAUGGAGACUAUCCCUCAUACCAAGCAAGCUACCACUCAUAACUAUGACGAUGGUGAUUUUACAUUUUCAACUGAAGGUGAAACUCAAAAUACAACGGCAACUGAACAACUAACAACUUCCAAGCCCCGAUCUCCAAGAAUAUCUGCAUUCAAUUUAUUAAAAAAUGAUAGUGACAAUGAAGAGGACGAAAAAGAUGAAGAUGAUGAAGAUGACGAAAUGAACGAAUUAAGUCCUGAACAACAAGAAGAACUCAAACGUAUGAAAUCAGUUUAUAAAGUUUAUUUUGACAAAGAAAUCAUUGGGGAAAACGUACCAGCUAGGAAAUAUGACAUUGAUGAAAACUAUCCUCCGGUGCCAAAUAAGAUUAACGAUGAAUUGAAAAUGGAUACCGAAUAUGCUAAAAGAUUCAGUAACACAUCUUCUGUGUAUCAAGAACAAGAUGAACAACAGUUUGUUCAACAACACCAACAAUAUUAUUACGAUCAAUUCAAUCAACAAUAUCAACAACAAUAUGGUUCUCCAGUGGAUCCACAAUUGUACCAACAGAUCCAACAACAGCAAUACUAUAAUUAUUAUGAACAACAACAGCAACAGCGUAUUAAGGAAUCGAAAAGACCAUUACCAGCAUUGCAGAAAAUACCUCGUCCAUCAGACAUUAGAAAAUCUACUUUACAAACUUAUACUGAUUUCAAACCAAGUAUGAAAAAUCAAACCGUGACGUCUUCACCUACGGGGAAAUUACCAUUUGUUCCAAUAGAAAAUGAUGGAGUAUGGACUUCACCUGUAAAUUCACCUUCAAUACAAUCACAAGCUUCAUUCCCACUGCAACAUCAAAAUUCUAUCCCACCCGAUGGAUAUUUCUCAUCAGCACAACACCAACACCAACACCAACACCAACACCAACACCAGCAACCAUCAUCUUCAUCUUCACAACAAAGAAAUGUAUCAUCCUCAUCAUCAUCAUCAACAACAAAUGUACCUUCCGCUUCACAAAUGGCUAGAUCAUCAGUGGUUAUGUUAAAUCCUGUGACGGAAAUCACCAAACAAAGAAAAUUUAAACCAGCUGGAUCAAUACCUAGAAUCAAUAAUAAUGCACGUCCCGGAUAUCAACAAUUUGGUCAUAGCGACUUGAAUGGACCGGAGAGUGAUUUACUUCCAGGUAAUAGGAAAAGUGAUGUUAGAAGAAUGAUGAAUAGUAAUUUUUAG